UUGCUUGGUGUUAAAUAUCAAAGCAAAGAUAGUUUGAUGAAAAGAUUAAAAAAAUUAGUAAAAGCCUGUGAAGAAAUUGCAUUAACUGGUCCCAUGCAAGAAAGAUUACUCACAUGCUUAAACGCGUUAGAUGGUGAUCCAGAAGGAAUACCAAUUGGAAAAAUAAACGGUAUUCCUAUUAGUUCAGUAGGAUUCAAACCUUAUUCUUUUGACCCAAACAAAAAAAAUUACAUUGAUAAACUUUUGAAAGGUUGUAAAAAAUAUUCGAAUGAUAAAAAAUUAACACAAGAAAAUCCCGAUAGUUUUAUGAAAAAACUUACCAUAUGUUGCCACUACGUGAAUGCUGAUUUAAGAGAUAACCGAGCCCUAACAAGUGAAGACUACAGAUUCGAACUUACCAUGGAUGCUACUAUCAGUAGCUUAUUUAGAAAAUGUAAAGCUAGAAAAUAUGAUAAAAGAAUGGAAGAACAUAAUGAAAUGCAAAGAGAAUCUGAUCAUUGGAAAAACUUCGAUCCUAUUCAAUUAUUAUAUAAAAAUAAAUAG